CCUUUAGAAGUUGAAAGUUGGAACCUACAACUGAGAGCAGAAAAUACCGACCAACUAACUAACUAAAGCCUCUCUUCGUUGCUGUGAAGGGCGAACUCCGAACUCCGAACUCCGUAAUCUUCUUCAUGGCUUGUUCUCUACUUUCGCCGUAUUUCAAGCUUCCAAGCUCAAUAUUGGCACGCGAUGCCAUGAGGAAGCAGAAGAAGAAUUGGAGAAGAAAUAUAGUAAUCAGGGUUACUGCUACAGAGAAGAACGGAAAUGACGGGAGGAAAGAAGACGAUGGCCCCGCCUUUAAUCCCUUCGGUUUUGUCACCGAUAAUCCGUCUAGCCGAGGAGCUAUUCAGCUUCCUGAUAUCCCGGCUGAGGAUGGGAAUGUCGGCCAGAUGCUUUAUAGAAUAGAAGAUAAGGGGAAGGAUUAUGGCUCUUACAUCAAAUCUGGGGAGUUUGUAUGGUUUGUGAGAGAAACAGGAUCCUCUGAGAGCCGGCGUGGCACUGUCAUUUUCAUUCAUGGGGCUCCAGCACAAUCUUAUAGCUAUCGAGUGGUUAUGGCUCAGAUGGCAGAUGCUGGCUUCCACUGCUUCGCACCUGAUUGGAUAGGAUUUGGUUUUAGUGACAAGCCCCAGCCUGGUUAUGGAUUUAACUACACAGAAGAGGAGUUCCAUGUGGAAUUUAAUAAAAUACUUGAUGCGCUGGAUAUUAGCUCUCCAUUUUUUUUAGUGGUUCAGGGGUUUCUUGUAGGUUCAUAUGGAUUGACCUGGGCCUUGAAAAACCCAAGCAGGGUUUCAAAGCUUGCAAUUCUUAACAGUCCACUGACAGAUACAUCUCCAGUUCCUGGAUUGUUUCAACAGCUAAGGUUUAGUGUUUUCCUCCUAACAGUAAUGGUUUUGGAUCAAGAUGAAAUGUGUACCUUGCAUCAUCCAGUUGUUUUAUAAACCACAUGUGAAUCAUUUUUCCUUCAACUAUCCAUGGGCUCUUAUUAACUAAACAUUCGAUCUUAAUGUGAAACAAGAUUACAAGUUUACAACAAUAACUCCUACUGUUUCUGAAAUAGUUGUUGGUACAGACUUUUCUAGAUAAAUUAUGUUUCUUAUUUUGGUAC